CAAGAGGAAAACACAAAGAGCAGGAUGGUUGGAUCUGACAUCUACUGCUGGGGGCUGAUGAUCAGAUGUGACCUUUGACCCCUCACCUUCAGAGUCACCUGCCCAUCUACCUGAGGGGGGUUGGGCCUGAAGAGCCAAGUGCCAUCACCAUGGCAACGACUUCCUCUCUGCUCAGCAGAGGUCUGGGUCUUGUUCUGGUGGAGUUUAAUUAUGAGUACCAGGGUCGGGAUGGCGUGCUGGUCUCCAUCAAACCCAACGAGCGCUACGUCCUGCUGGCUAAGACCAACGACCACUGGUGGCAGGUCCAGAAGGACCGCAGCUCCAAGCCCUUCUACAUCCCUGCCAAGUAUGUCAAGGAGCUGCCGCCGGAUUUCCCCUCGCCUCUGGACUUUGAUCCGCCCAGUCCUGAACCAGUGCUGCUUCCUGUGGCGGUCCCUGUCCCCGUCCCUGUCCCCGUCCCCGUCCCUGUCCCCGUCCCCGUCCCCGUCCCCGUCCCAAAGACUCUGGAGGACCCCAGAACCAAACCGGGGGACGAGGUGAUGAUCCGUCUCAGACCCAAUGCUUCCAAAGGACACCGCAAGACUGAGAACCGCAUGUCCACGUUUGGCGUCCCGCUGGACUUCAAUGAACAGUCGUCUUUGGUGGCAGCAGCACCGCGGCAUCCCAGCAACCCUCCUGUCGGUCCCGCAGAGACCAGGACUACAAACUUGACCGACGAUGCUGUGAGCAAAAAGCACCUUUCGGGGUUCCCGGAGGAUCACAGGGACUCUGACAAACCUCGAGUGCCCAGUUUCAGUCCAGCAGACCCCCUUUCCACACCCAGACCGCAGACCCAUUCCAUCCCCGUAGAGACGCCGGUGGUCCCGGCGGUCCCCCCACACAAUGACCAACACAGCCCGUCCUCGGCAUCCACAGGUUGCCUUGACAACCAGGAGUCCCCGAUAGAGCCCGAGGAGGAGGAGGAGCUUAGCGUGGAGGAGAGCAGCGGCGAUGAGGAUCCACUGAAGGAGGAAGAUUCAAACCACAUCUACGAGUCCAUCCAGGACCUAAACCUGGACUUGGAGGCUCUGGUCGGAGGAAAGGGGAGUCCUGGAGCGCCAUCCGAACCUGCACCUGCCCCGCCCCCUCAGCAGGAUGUCGGCUCGCUCGACCCGAAGUCGCCCAUCUACGCUAACGUCUCCUCUGUGAAGAAAACAAACAUCCCUCAGAUCUCCGUCUCUGGCCCCGCCCUCCCCUCAUCACCUCCUCCUGGCCCCGCCCCCUCCCUCCCUAUCAACAUUCCCUCCUCUUCAGUCUCCUCAUCCGGGAUGAUAAGCCCCGCCUCCCCCCUCAGCCUACAGGACGGCUGGCAGGUUCACACGGACCAGGACAGCGGGAAGCAGUUCUAUUUCCACCCUGGGACCAGAGAGACCACCUGGUCCUGACCCCGCAGGCCCGCACCCCCUGAUGGAGACCUGGACCAGUCGAUGGGGAGCGAGGGGGUCGCUGACCUCCCCUCCCCCUCCCCUCUGCUCUCCCCCGCCUCCUCUCAGGGUUCUGCUGGUUGGGAGCAGCUGGUGGACGAGGUCUCAGGGAGGUUUUACUACCACAACCCCACCUCAGGAGCCACGUCAUGGGCCGCCCCGGAGCCGCUCUCUCCUUCCUCCCCCUUCCCCCCAGGAGCUCCGGCCAACAGGAAGCCCGACGACGGUCCGCCUCCGCUGCCCGAGGAAGAUUAUCCUUCACACGCACAGAAUGACAACGACGUCUUCACAACGAAUCCUCCGCAGCACGUGUGUUCGAUUCCCAGAGCUCAGCUCGACCUAAAAGAUGAAACCGGCACCGAGUUCAGGCUGCAAGAGCUUCCAUCUUUGCCCCAAAUGCUGUUGGGAAAUGGAGUUUCUGAGGAGGGAACGACUGUGCAGCUCAAAAACUGGAGACACAGCGUUGCUGAAGAGAUAUUUGCUCUCGGUCACAAGAGAAACGUGUCUGAAUUCAUCGAGGUGUCCAACAGAAGACACUCCCCCGACAGUCCUCAGCUCUCUGAUCGGCUCAAACUGAAGAGGAACCUGUCGGAUCGGAGUUCAGGUUCUCAUCAGCUGCAUGGCCAUCUGCUGGAGAAAGCAGGAAUCAUGAAUAAGACCAAAGUAGUCGAUCACGGUAAAAAGAUCAGGAAGAACUGGAGUCAGUCCUGGACCGUCCUCCACGGAGGGAUCCUCACCUUCCACAGAGACCCAAAGUCUGCUCCCACUGGGAACGCUAGUAAAACGUCACAGAUUGUUCCAGAAUACACCGUGGAGCUGAGAGGAGCCUCGGUGAGCUGGGCGGCCAAGGACAAGUCCUCCAAGAAGAACGUUCUCGAGCUGAAGACUCGUCAGGGCUGCGAGUAUCUGAUGCAGUACGACACCGAGAGCAUCAUCACUGAUUGGCUGAAAGUAAUGCAGGACACCAUCAGACAGCUGGAACAGGAUCACGUGUCAGAGGACGAGGACGAAGCUGCUUCAGACAAAGAGGACAAAGACAGGAAGAGGACUACGACCAGGAGUUCUUCGGGGACGGUCGACUCAGAGCAGCGGCGCGUUCGGACUAAACUCCGGCGUUUCCUCCAGCGGAGACCAACGCUGCAGAGCGUCAAAGAGAAAGGCUACAUCCGAGACAACGUGUUCGGAUGUCACCUGGAUACACUCUGUCACCGAGAGAACAACACCAUCCCCAAGUUUGUAGAGAAGUGUAUCAGAGCUGUGGAGAGGAGAGGUCUGGAUGUGGACGGGAUCUACAGAGUGAGUGGAAACCUGGCUGUGAUCCAGAAACUGAGACACAAAGCUGAUCAUGAGGAGCAGCUGGACCUGGAGGACGGACAGUGGGAGGAGAUCCAUGUGAUCACUGGAGCUCUGAAGCUUUUCCUGCGGGAGCUUCCAGAACCGCUGUUCCCCUUCAGCUGCUUCGACAAGUUCAUCGCUGCCAUCCAGGUCCAGGACUACAGCCUAAAAGUCUCCUACAUGAAGGACCUGGUUUGCUCUCUGCCUCUGCCGAACCACGACACCAUGGAGGUGCUGUUCAAACACCUGCGCAGGGUGGUCGAGCACAAGGAGUCCAACAGGAUGUCGGUUCAGAGCGUCGCCAUCGUGUUCGGCCCCACGUUGCUCCGCCCACAGACCGAGUCCUCCAAUAUGACGAUCCACAUGGUGUUCCAGAGCCAGAUAGUGGAGCUCAUGCUCAACGAGUUCCACACCGUCUUCUCCCACAGUUAGGUGGAACCUCCUGGAGCUCCUCUGGGACCUUCCAGAACCCUCUGAGAACUCCUGGGAGUACCCAAACUUCAGGAAACCUGCUGAAAACCUCCCAAAGUGUUGGAGAACCUUUACAAAGUUUGGACCAAAUCAUCACCUCCUAAUCAUCACCUCCUCUCUGACCCAAGUUCACCAGGGAAACCUGGAAUCAUGAUGCCUCUUUCUAACCGCUGUGCCUUAAAUGAUCCAAGUAGAACUUGAACCACCUAGAACCCUGGACUGGUUUUGAAUAAUUUGACAGCAGCUUUGCUCUUUUUUUAAAGGAAAUAGACCAAAUAUACCAAAUAGAACAUAUUUCCUAUAGGACGGAAGAGUCACAUGGAGUUUUCAGAUAUGUUUUCAGAUAUUCUGGGAUAUUUUUCACAUGAAAAUAACACAGUGUGGAACACUGUAGAACCUUGGAUCAGUCUGACACUUUAUCCAGUAGCUUUGCUGCUCUUUCAAGGCAACAGACCGAACAAAACACGCUUACUCAGGAACCUGAGAGGAAACCAAAGCUCACUUUGAGGAACAAUUGGCCCAACAACUUCUAGAAAUCUUUAGAACUCUUUGGACCCAAACAUCAUCUCCUUCUUUCAUAUUGUAUUGGCAUUCGAUUCAAGGGGCGUUGAACCUGUUGAGUAAUUAUGCCCUCAUCACAGGACCACCAAGCCCUUUAUAACACAGUUAGGUCCUGAAUAGAACCACUUAGAACCCUGGACUGGUUCUGAAACCUUUACCAGCACCUUUCACUCUGCUUUCAAGGCAACAGACCAAACAAAACACGUCUACUUGGCACCUGAAUAAUACCCAGAACCCAACAUCUCACGUAGAGUGAGAACUUUUCAGACAGGUUCCAGAACUCUGGAACCAAACAUCAUCUGACCCAAGUGGAACCACCUAAAACACCGGUUCUUAGAUAAGAGAAUACUUAGAGACAAGCCGGAAUAUCACAACAGACCAAAAGAUCAUCAAAUAGUGUCUCGCUUGCUUUGCCACUGAAGAACACAUGAAAUAUCCCUAGAACCUUCAGAACUCUGGACCUUCGUGACACAUCCGUCUCCAGUGAGUCUGCCUGUGCUUUUCUGUUUCCAAGGAAAGUUCCAGGUGUUCUGGUAUUCAAAGGUCUCAGGAUCUAAUUAACAUAAUUAAUGCUUUAUACCUUAUGCAGCUUUAACACAUGAAGCUUUGGCUUCACUCUUGAGAACUUUGGGCCACGCCCACUUCUUCUAUACAGUCUUGGUUUCUAUGUGUAGAGGAACACUGGAUCCUCUACAAUCACAGACCGACACCGUCAUUUAAUUCAAAAUAUCUACUAUGUCCAUGUUCAUAAGGCUCAGUAGUUAAGUAAGGGCUGAUCGUUCCCAGUAUUGAUCAAUACAAUCACCACCAGUCUGUGUUGCAUUCACUGACACUGGAAAACACAGGUUUGCACAGAAAAGUAAUUUUCUAGUAAAUGUUGAUACCAAGUUUGUCUUUUACUUGAGUUUUGAAUAAAUAUAACUUCUUCGUAUUAAAAACUGGAUCAAAAUCAGUCAUGUACAGUUAAGUGUUGUUUGAAACAGAGAUACAAAAUACACCAGAGAAGAAGAAUCCCUUUGUCACAGGAUUAUUAAUUAUUAUUAUUAAAUCAGAAAGUCAGAAAUCAGAAAGUCUUUGUGCGGAGCUAGGCUAAACACAUCCUGGAUUUAUUGACAUCAUAAUGACGUUAAGUGAAAGUGGAGUCCGAUCUUACCUUGACUCUGUGACGUUUAAUGUCGAGGUCAAGGAGAAGUGGUUAGGAAAGGACGUUACGAGGUAACUUUUUGAAUUUUCCACCGCAGCCCAGGGAAGAAUCCCUUCGUCACAGGACAGAGAUGAUAUGAAAUCAGAAAGUCUUUGUGCUAAGCUAGGCUAAACACAUCCCAGAUCAUCUAUUUAAGACAGAACAAGAGGAUUAAUUAGAUUGUUUCUUUAAAUAUUAAUAAGCUUUAAUAGAAAGUUCAGAGGAUCCAGGACGUUUCCCUGAGGAACUCCACCAGUUAUUAAAGACAGAGAACCAGAGGACUUACAGAAAUGUUUAUGUUUUAUAAGGGAUGGACUUUACAGGAACAUUUUUACUGUUAUUGUUUGUCAGGUGAAUUGUAGAAAUGAUAAUCUGUAAAAUGCUGUAUGUUUUAUCGUAUUGAGUUUAUAUGUAUUACAGAUAUAUAGAACAAAGUUAACAUGAAAGAUUAACAGGUAAAAUAAAAAGAAACUGA